GUACGUACUAUAUAUCUUGCCGGGCAGCAAAAUUUGAAGAUAGAUUCGCAGUCUUUUUCUCUACACUUCUAUUUUAAUACAUAAAAUUUUAGUCGUAGGUACUUAUAAAUGUCAUUGCUAGGAUUAGGAUAAGGAUAGGAAGGUUGCCCAUUUUUGGAAAAUGUUCUAAGAGAUUUUUACUUUCAGGAUCAUGCAAAAUCUUCAGACUCUAGUUCAGGGCACAAAAGUUCAAUGAAAUCUCGAAUAAAAGCCUUGAUUACUGAAGAGGUCUAUAGAAGAAGAAUCCGUCAUCGCCGAAGCUCUUCCUAUCCCACAAGAUUGCCAUUGGAGCGGAAACCUUCUAUCCAUCAUUUAGAUGUCUCCAGUAUAGAUCCUUGUGUUGAAACUAGCUUCAACGAUGAGUCCCUGGAUCACCAGGAAAAUACACUGCAUUCUUCUGUUUCCAUCUUACUGGAUCCGCUUCCGCCACAGUUUUGUGGUGAAUCAGUCGCACAGAGCAGGACAUGUCACUUGUGUGCUGCCAUGCUUACUAAGAAUUACUUGAGGCAGAGUGAGGUUAAUGAGCAUGGGAAGCAACCAGUUAAAGAUCAUACUCUUCUUCAGGACAAGUUUAUAUGUGCAAUAGAGCCGAGUAAAAUUGCUUCACUCCAAGAGUCAAAGAUCUUUCUGGAUGCGCUGGAUUUGCUCAACUUAAGGGAGGAGUUAUUCCUGAAAGUUUUACAAGAUCCAAAUUCAUCAUUGUCGCAUCAUUUACACAGCCAUAGGGCAUCCACUCUAAGAUCAGGGUUAACGAAGUCUGUGUCAUUUCCUGUGCCUGGCUCCUCAGGCGAAAGACCUUCUGCAUCCAACAGUCCCAGGUGCAAGAAGGAAUUGGGAACUUGUAAAGAAGGGGAACGUAAAUCUCAAACUGAAGAGGACCUAACUUCGAAUGCAUUAGCAUCUCAAGACCUGGACCAGAUUUUGGCAAUUAAAAAAGGCAAAUGCACGGAGGCGGAAGACCCAAAACAGCUCUGUCCCCAGGAUAAUGCUUCUUUAGAUUCACUGAAGGAGUUCAAGACCCAUCAUAUGAAUAAACUUAUCAUGAAACGCUUCAAAAAUCUUAGGCAAAAAAUCAAACAUGCAAUCAAGGAGAGCAGAAAGGAGAGGCAAAGAAUUGUCAUGGAUGCAGUCCUCCAUAAAAUUCCUUACGGGUAUCCAAAAGAUACUAAGGAAGAGGAUGACGUAAACAAGGAUGUAGUUGCAUUGAAUUGGAAUAAAUGCAUUCCUCGGAGUUGGAGUGGUUCUUGGAACGAGCAAAAUUCUGCAGUUGGCAAGAUUGGACAGCACGGCAUUAGAAGAAUAUCAUCUUUCAAUGAAUCAUUAAGUAGAUAUAACCGACUACUUGAGUUAUGUUUUAACAGAGAAGAAAACAGUCGCACGCCCGAUCGAUCAGAGUUGAAAACAACAGGGACCCAUUCACCUCUGGAUGGCAGUCCUAUAUGCCUGGGAAGGAUCCUCUCGUUACCGGAUCUCAGGUCAUACUCCUUUUCCCGGAUUGAGAGAUCUGCCACGACAAGUUCUUUGGAGAUGCCAAUCAGGCCUCUUUUAGGUGGAAACCAAAAUACAGAAAAAAGUAGUAUUUCUGAACAAAAACCUGUAACUUCAGAAAAACAAAUUCAGUCAGAUGGCCUUCUCGAAAACAAUAGUGAGGAAAAAGUCCCCGAAGUUGGUGACUCUUUGCCUGACUUGGCUGGCUCCAAUAGAAGGGAGAGAACACUGGACCAUGACGACGUUAUUCAUCCCACAAGGGAUUCUGGACAUGACUCUAAGUUCGAGGAGGAUGCAAUUGCUUCUGAAGGUAUGUUUUGGAGGUUGUUCCUUUUCUCAAGUAACAGCUUGAAAUGCGUUCUUAUCUGUUUUUGGUCGAGACCAGAUUUAGAACCUGGGCCGGCGGUCCUGAUUCCUGGGGAAGAGGAUUCUUUAUUAAACCUGCAGAAUGAUCUCAGGAUGGAUCCCCUCGGCUUGAAUGAAAGCAAUAUUAAUGUUGAGCAAGUAGAAACUUCGCUGAAGCAAUCCUACAAUGAUCUAUUGCACGUCCAGGUUGACAUGAAAAAUAAGGCUGAAUUCAAUUAUGUUAGAGAUGUGCUGGAGCUGUCUGGCUUCAGUGGAACCGAGUUCCUUGGGAAAUGGCAUUCUGAGGAGCAGCCAGUGGCCCCGUCAGUGUUUGAGGAAGUAGAAGGUUGUUUAGUAGCUCAAGCUGAUUGUUCUGGAAAUGAAGAAGGCGGCAGCUGUAAGCAUCUGCUUUUGUUUGAUUUAAUCAACGAGGUACUGUUAGAAAUCUACGAGAGAGCAUUUUCUUACUGGCCAAUGCCUUUAACUUGGCGGUCUCAUGUCCAUCCGAUGCCUGUGGGAUACCACGUUCUGGAGGACGUUUGGACAGAUAUAAACUGGUACUUAAGGCUAAGGCCUGAGGUGGACGAAUCACUUGAUAGUGAUAAUGCGAUAAGCCAUGAUUUAUCAAAAAGCGAUGGCUGGAUGAACAUUCAGUUUGAAGCAGAAUGCGUGGGGAUCGGGCUGGAGGACUUGAUAUUUGAUGAUCUAAUACAAGAACUUGUUUUCACCUGA